AGCUUAAGGAUCCGUUAUGAAGCCCACCACCGCAGCCGUUUUCUUCGCCAUUUUGCUGUGUGGCGUCGUCAUGACCGUCGGCCAAGCGCAUCCCGCAGUCGUCGUCGGCGGUGGAUCGUACGGAUGCAAUUGCCCCAUGCUGAACGUGAUGGCAGCAAGGCAAUGUUGCGGCACGGUGGGAACAUGCUGCCUCAGGGCCGGAAUGGGCUUUGGAGCUUAUGGCGGACAUCUUGGUGGCGUCGGAUACCCGGUUCUCCCGUACGCUUCUCAUGGAUUGGGCAUGCGCAGGCCUGUCCUCACUCCAUUUGGUCACGGCGGCCUGCAGCUCAACAUUGGUGCUGGACUCGGUUGAUAGGAACGCUGACACUCUUGAAAUUAUAA